AUGUCGGCACGCAAGCUCCAGCAAGAAAUGGAGCGCGUGUUUAAGCGUGUGGCCGAAGGAGUUGUAGUGUUUGACAAUAUCUAUGACAAGCUUCAAAUGGCAAGCACACACAACCAAAAGGAGAAGCUUGAGCAAGAUCUGAAGCGGGAAGUGAAGAAGCUGCAAAAGUUCCGUGACCAAAUCAAAACCUGGAUUGGAAGCAAUGAUGUCCGUGACAAAAAGCAGCUCAUUGAACAGCGCAAGUUGAUUGAAACGGAGAUGGAGCGGUUCAAGGUCGUCGAACGCGAAGUCAAGACUAAAACUUACACCCUGGAAGGUGACGAAGAGCCAUUAGAUCCUCAUGAGCAAGCCAAACGAGAUGCGGUUGAUUUCUUUGAGGGAGUCCAGUCUCAGCUCGAGGAGCAAAUCGAGCAACUUGAAUCGGAAGAGGAGAGUUUACAGGGGUCUAUGAAGCGUGGUAAAAAAGAUAAUGCGAAGCAAGAGCGUAUUUCCGAAAUUGACUACACCGUUGAAAGACACAAAUGGCAUAAUGCCAAGAUUGAUAUUAUUGUCCGAAUGAUCGAAAACGACACUUUGGCACCCGAAUCAGCAAUGGCUCUGGAAGAUGACAUUAUGUACUAUGUGGAGUCAAAUCAAGAUGCCGAUUUUGCGGAAGAUGAUCAAAUGUACGACGACCUUAAUCUCAUCGAAGAUGAAGAGGACGAAGAGCUGGUUGAGACCAUUGUUCGUGACGACACUUACACGCUUGAAGAUUUGGCACAGGAUCUCUCUAAAGAAGCCCAAGCAGCAAAGGAACGUGAAAAAGAGGAGAAAGAUAAAACUGUCAGUACUGUAUCCUCUGCCGGAUCAUUGGUACAGCCCCCGGCAUCGUCUGGUACGAUGCCUAUGCCAGCCCCUGUGGCUCGUGUAGCAUCAGGAGUGAACGUUGCCGCACCUCCUGUCGCCCCCCAAAGCUCAGGAACACCCAUUAAGCGCAUGAUGAGCCCAGCAGUUGAUGCGAAGCUGGCUCAGGGACUCUCUCCUCUUCCUCCACCUGGUGUGAAAGUCGCAGCCCCGGUGGCUGGCACUAGUGCCGGAUCGACGAUUUCAGCGCCCUCUAAACCGCCAGGACUUCGUGAGGCUUCACCGGCGCCAUCGCUUGGUCAGUCGAGCACGCCAAGCCCUGUACCUCAAGUGGCUCCUACACCGGUGGGCGGUGUCGCAGUCUCCAGUUUACCAUCGCUUCCCAGUGCGUCCCCAAGUACGUCCAAACCUGCUGAUGCAUUUGCUGUUAAUCUUCCUGCGGGACUUGAGGAUCUUUCAGGUGCGUUCGACGCAGCAACCCAACGGGUUUGCCAAGCUCCUUCUCUGUCGUCGAUUUCCAGACUCGUGGAGGCUUCAUAUAUGAACUUCCCCGACUCCACCAUGGCAGACAGACCAGAUUAUUAUCACCCGGAAUCACCAUAUCCUACGCCGGAGUACUAUCCCUCGGAGGUUCUCCCCACACUAGGAAACCCGGCUAUUUUCACGAAGAUGGACGUUGACACUCUGUUUUAUAUAUUCUAUUACCGCCAGGGAACCUACCAACAAUACCUUGCCGCUAAAGAAUUGAAGGCACGCAGUUGGCGUUUCCACAAAAAGUUCUUGACUUGGUUCCAACGCCAUGAGGAGCCGGAGACUAUCAAUUCCAAAUUCGAGCAAGGAACUUACCGCUUCUUCGACUUUGAGGGCUCUUGGCUUCAGAGACGCAAGUCGAACUUCAAGUUCGAGUAUGAGUACUUAGAGGAUGAAGUAGUCUAG